AUGCUUCUAUUUUGGAUGCUUCUACUCUUCGUGGCGACAUUACCCACGGCUCUUUGUCAAGGGACACCGGAUGUGGCCGCGGUCUUGGACGAAUAUCCCAAAUGUGCUCAAGGUUGUAUCGUUGAUGCAUUCUUCUCGGGCAUAUGCGGGCCAACGGACUGGUUGUGUAUUUGCACGGACCAGGAUUUCCAAGGGCUGGCCAUGUCUUGCGUCGCGAAAUCAUGCACUAUCCCGGAAACCCUGAACACACAGAAUAUCACGGCCACCAAUUGCUUCGCUCCGGUCCGGGACAACUCCCACCAGCACGUGGUUUUGACCAUUGCCAUGGUCACAAUGUCCGCCGUGUUUUUCUCCAUUCGGUUUUUCUACAAGAUCUUUCUACGAAUUGGAUUCGGCCUCGACGACUACCUGAUACUAGCUAGCUUCCUCGUCACUAUCCCCUCUGCUUAUAUCACGCUUGCUGGUACAACGAAGCACGGUCUCGGGAGAGACAUCUGGACAGUCUCCCAUGAGAACAUCAACACCAUGCUCAAGUACUUCUAUAGUUCGGUGAGCCUUUACUUUCUAGAGGCUGGCCUCAUCAAGCUGAGCUUCAUCGCCUUCUACGUACGCAUUUUCCCUCGAAAACCAACGCAGCGUCUCUUGUGGGGGACAUUCUGGUUCACAGCCGUUUGGACCCUGGUCUACAUCAUCGUCGGUAUCUUUCAAUGCCGACCUAUACGCUACUUUUGGCUGCAAUGGGACGGCUUGCAUGAAGGCAAGUGCAUAAAUGGCAACAGGCUUGCAUGGUCCCACGCAGCGAUCAACAUUACGCUUGAUCUAUGGAUGCUUGCCAUCCCACUGUGGGAGUUGCGGUCCUUGCAGCUGCACUGGAAAAAGAAGGUUGGCGUGGCAAUCAUGUUUUGUGUCGGAACUUUUGUCACUGUCGUGAGCAUCAUGCGAUUAAAGAGCCUCGUGCAUUUCGCUGCCACAAUCAACGCCACUUGGGAGAUCCACGGUAUCUCCUUUUGGUCGACUAUUGAAGUCUGUGUUGGCAUUGCAUGUGCUUGUCUACCGAGUGUGCGCCUGCUGCUCGUCAAACUCUUUCCUGUGCUGUCUGGCACAAGGCGCGCCACGGCGUAUUACGAGGACCAAAGCGGUGGAAGCGCAAAGCGAUCCAGUGGUCGGAGAAGCAGGGGCCUUGCCAUCGUCAUCGCAGAUCAAGAGAGAGGCGGGAGCAUGCCAUCCUCGGCGAGCUCCGCUGGGGAAACGUGGGUGGAUUCCAAAAGGGGCAUUGUUUACCACCAGACAUUUACCGUCAAGUACAGCGAGAAUGACGAGAGUGAACUCCGGACGCGGAGAGGCAUGGUGAAUUGUCACAACAAGUCGACGAUUACGGCCUUGAAGAACAGUGCUGCUCGCAUAUCGGUGCAUUAUUAGGUACUAAAGUACUGAACACUAUCGAAUGCAGCGAAGCUCUGGACGUCGUCGAUACACGAAGUGUGAGAGAUGUCUCCGUUGUGUCGCAGCUGUGUUUGUGAUCACCACUUGUUCCCGUCCGGUCUCAUUGACUGCGGGGGUCACUGACCUAGCUGAGGAGGGUGUGAUGUGCGAAAGGGGCAUCGUUGCAGGACACAGCUCCCUCCUCCCAUCGACCAAUAAUUGCAAAAGACACACCAUGGACGUCUCGGGUUGGCCUCAUAUCUGGGUCUUCUGCACUGGGUGGGUUGCAAUGUUCGAUGUGAACAUGUUCCAACUGACAGUGUGAUGCCUCUGAGGGGGUCGUCGGCACGUAAACUGGAUGAGUGCUUCGUCAGGGCCGUCUGCAUUGUGAAUGAAUGAUGACUCAGUCGCGAACGAAUGUCCGCGACACUCAGGCAAAUGUUGCUGCAGGUUAGAAGAACAUUAGAAUUCGACAAGACGCAA